CUCUUCCCUGCCUAUGCAGGGGGUCGGACUCGAUGAUCUAUUGAGGUCCCUUCCGACCCGACCAUCUAUGAAACCCGCGUGGGGCGAGACGAGGCCCCGCCGAGCCGCGAGCAGUGGGACGAGGAUCGCUAGCGCUGUCCGAAUCUAUUCAGGGAGAUUUCGGGAAAGCCAGCGUGCCCGCGCCGCGCCCGGCGAACGUGGCCCCGUGCUUGCGGACCGCUGCGGGGUGUCGAGGGCUGUCAGGAAGGUAAACGCACGUCGCUGUUAUGCUUUCAAAACCCACCGGACUACCGCAGCGAUUGGAUGCAACGUCAAUGAUGGAGGGGUGUCGUCUGCGAUGGGGCAUUUGUUAAAUACGAUAACUCUUUCGUCUGCCGGGUGACUUUCGUGGAUUCACCAUUAACUAUUUGUUUGGAUGAACGCCUGCCCUUGCUCCCCGCGGUGCCUGCCAGCAGGACCUGGGCCUUGUCGCUCGGCCUGGGGGGGUGGCCACCCCGCCCCCCUCCUUUCUGGCGGGGGGGGGCGGGGGGCAAGGAGUGUCCGCGCCGCUCCGCACCUGCCCUUGCUGGGCCCUGGCAGCCGGGGUGCCGCACUGCAGCUGCGUGCCCGGGGCUCCGGGGGAGCCUGCUCCCCCUUCCCCGCCCGCGGAACCAACAGCUCCCCCCAGCCUUCCCGGCCGGACCGCACGGGAGCGCACCGGAAGCGGCCCGCCCGGAAGAAGAGCCAUGGCGACGGGACGCUGCUGGAGGAGACGCUGCGCCGCUGGGAACUAGAGCAGGCCCAGCUGAAGACCAGCGUGAGGGAGGAGGACACGGAGGAGUGGCAGAAAAAUGCCACGUUCGAGGGACUGGAGCGAGUGGGAGGGGUGGACCUGUCGUACGUGGAGGGAAACCAGCCUCAGGCCUGCGCUUCCCUGGUGGUGCUCAGCUACCCGGACCUCCAGGUGCUGUACGAGGACUGCCGGGUGGUAGACGUGCGCGCCCCGUAUGUGCCGGGCUUCUUAGCCGUCCGCGAGGGCCCCGUCCUGGUGGAAGCCGUUCAGAGACUGCGGGAGCAGGAGCCCAGGCUCAGCCCUCAGGUGCUGCUCGUGGAUGGGAACGGUGUGCUCCAUUACAGAGGCUUUGGCGUGGCCUGUCACCUGGGCGUCCUGACAGGCCUGCCCUGCGUCGGCGUGGCCAAAAACCUGCUCCACGUGGACGGCCUGGCCAAGGAUGAGCUGCACAAGGAGCAGAUCCGAGACCUGCAGACGGGAGGAGACACGUUCCGGCUGAUGGGUGCCUCGGGCAGGGUCCUGGGCAUGGCCCUGCGCAGCUGCAACAAGAGCACAAAGCCCGUCUACGUGUCCGUGGGCCACAGGAUGAGCCUGGAGUCGGCCGUGCGCCUCGUCCAGUCCUGCUGCAGGCACCGGGUCCCGGAGCCCAUCCGCCAGGCUGAUAUCCGCUCCAGGGAGUACCUCCGGAAGCACCCCCCUUCUCCAGCUGGCACCGCGCUUCCUGGCCCUGAGAGGCCUGGGCGAGAUGGCCCAGCUGUCCGCUUGCUUCCAAGCCGAGCUGUCGGAGAUGAAUCUGCCCGUCUGGGGGGACGCAGCGCGGCGGGGAGCUGCUUGUCAGAGGCUGGACAGGGAGGUGCUGAACCAAGACGCAGGGAGAAAGCUGGGGACCCCGGAUCCAACCCAUCCCCGCGGACCACGUGCUUCUGUGAGCUGAACUCAUCCUCUCGAGUCCCUGCUGCUUUCGGAGCCAGCGGCUGCCUUGCUGAAGCCAGGCCCCGGGGAGGGAUGCGUAAUGGGCUUGACCCCUCCAAUCUCUGCCCUCUUGGGUGGAGAGGUGCCUGGCCUGCCCACACUCCUGACACCGGCCCCUAUUUGAAUAAACCCUGCAGGCGUUCGGGGCCUAAUUAA